AUGAAGUUCAGCGCCAUUGUCUCUCUCUUCUGCAUCGCCGUCGCCCCAGCCAUGGCUUCGGAAGAUGUCACCUCUUUCGCAACAACGACCAUCACCAAGACCUUGGUCCGUGUCAACUCCGUCACUGCCACUCCCAGCUCCAGUGCGACUCUGGUGAGCGUCUCAGCCAGUUCUACUCCCUUGGCUACCUCUGCCUCUGCCUCCUCCACCCAGGCUGCCACCUCCGCCACCAAGACCGGCGGUGCCGUUGCUCUUGGCGCUGGCAUGCCGGCGGCUCUGGUCGCAGGAUCCUUCGCGCUGAUUAUGGGUGCGGCCCUGUAA